AAUUUUGCAAAUUCGAAAAUUUCUUUCAUAUACAAAACAAUGGCUAACCUUUAUUUGAUUAGCGAUUAAACUUGCCUCAGUUGAAAAUAAGCGCUACAGGUGGUCGGAAUAGUAGCAUUAAUGCUGGAAAAUUUUAAAACUGAAAACUAGUUACUUAUAUAUAAAAACUUAUCAUUAAAUAUCCAGAAAUGAUGACAAAAGUCAUCUUAUUAAUAAUAAUGAUUAUUUGCGCUUUCAGCAGCUGCAGUGCGGCCGAAAGACCAGCACACUGCUUACAACCCCAUCCACAAGGUCAGGGUCUUUGCGAUAUGCUCAUCAGUGGUUUCUACUACAAUGCCGAUCAAAAUGCGUGUGAGGAGUGGCAAGAGAGUGGUUGUAAUGUCAUCGGUGGUCACACAUAUGAUUUACGCGAAGAUUGUGUAAACGAAUGUGUAAAUGUUAAUUAAAAAGUGUUUAUUAUGAUUACUUCUCAACAAAACUUUGAAAUGUAAAAAGCACAACUAUGGAAUAUAAUUCAAUUUGGAUAAUAGUUCAA